GGUGUCAUUCACUGUAAAUAAUGAGAUGAUUUAUUUAAACUAUUAUGUAACGGGGGCAGACCCACCAUUGUUGGGAUGCAUGUGGGUUGCUUUCAAGCAAGAAUUUGAGAAAAAGAAAUUUAUAUUUUAGCAUGCAAAAAUGAGUUGAUUCAUGUAAAAUCAUCCCAAGUUACGUUUAUACUUCUCUCUUCAUUCAUUUACUUAGUUUAAUUACUAAAAUAAGGGUUGACAUUCCUUCUCCGUGUAUGGUAUUUGACAACAACAACAACAAAAAAAGUCAAUGCUAGUCAACGAUGCUGCUGGCGAGCAGUGGCAAUCUUCUCAACCAGAGGAAGAAGAAGAUGGAGGAAAUGAAAAGAAAAAGGGGGAAAAAAACAGAAAGAAAGAGAAGGAAAAGUAAAGGACAAGAAAAAAGUAUUCUACCUACAGAAUAUCCAGUCAAAAACAUAACCAGGCCAAGAUAAUUGGAUUAUAGGCAAUACAAUUUAAGUGAACCCAUAAUCAAUUGGGUCUGCCCAAACUUUCAGAGGUAGUAGGAUAAUUGGGUGUAUUAAUGGGGUUUAUUUUGUUAGCCAUGGUUUUUCAUAUGCACUAAUGCGUAUCUUCCUGUAGAAACUCUAUCAAGCCUCAAGAUGUCAACCACAAUUUUCACAAAGGCAGAUUUGGGUUUUAAGCAUUCCACUAAGUCCACAAGAAUCAGAAUUGGUUGAUUUCAUUUUGUAAAUGGAUAGUCAAUGUUGCGAUAGCAAUUAUAGCCACCACUGCCUUGUUUGGCGUCUCCAUCAUGAUGAUCAUCGGGAGAAUGAGAGCUCAGAGUUAAAAGUUUUACCUGCAACUAUGGCCUCUUCAAGCCAUAGGGGAGAAUCAUGGAAUUCACUCACAUCUUUCUCCAUUGAAAACAAGUUUUGCCACUGUAAUCGCAAGGCAACCGUGAUGAUAUCAGAGAGUGAAAAGAAUCUGGACAAGUUGUAUUUCCGUUGUGCAAAGUGCAGGUAUUUUGAAUGGUAUGAUGGAGGUGAAAAAGAAGAAGUAAAUAGCAAAAGAAGCAACCUCAAUGCAAAGAGAGGACUAGUUAAAAGUAGAAACCGAGAUGGCAUUCUAGUCAAGCAAGUUGAGGGGCCAAUGCAAGAGCCAAAGUAA